GCCAGGGUAGGUUGGCCUUCCGACAUCCUUACAGAUUCGGGAACUAACUUCCCCUCGUCCCCUAGGUGUACUCCCUGGACAGGCCACAGACCUUCCACAUCUGGUUCAGCCCCUACCGCGCCUUGGAAAAGAAGAAGGAGCAGGAGAUGCUGGCAGAGCAGAUUGCCACGUUGUGCGAAACCCUGGAGGAGUAUCCAGCCAUCCGCUACCGGAAGGACCAUGAAGAGAACUUCGACCUGGCUUGCGCAGUGCUGGCCAAACUCAAGGUGUUCAAGGAAUACAAGCCCAGCAUGGGAGAGGUGUACUCCCUGGACAGGCCACAGACCUUCCACAUCUGGUUCAGCCCCUACCGCGCCUUGGAAAAGAAGAAGGAGCAGGAGAUGCUGGCAGAGCAGAUUGCCACGUUGUGCGAAACCCUGGACGAGUCUCCAGCCAUCCGCUACUGGAAGGACCAUGAAGAGAACUUCGACCUGGCUCGCGCUGUGCUGGCCAAACUCAAGGUGUUCAAGGAAUACAAGCCCAGCAUGGGAGAGGGCCCCGACAAAGCCCGCUCUCAGCUGCUGAUUGUGGACCGGAGCUUCGACCUGGUGUCCCCACUGCUGCACGAGCUCACCUACCAGGCCAUGGCCUACGACCUGCUCAGCAUUGAGAACGACACCUACAAGUACGAGACGACAGGGACCAGCGUCUCGCAGGAGAAGGAGGCGCUGCUGGACGAAAACGACGAACUCUGGGUGCAGCUACGCCACAUGCACAUCGCUGACGUCUCCAAGAAGGUGACGGAGCUGCUGCACACCUUCUCUGAGAGCAAGAGGCUGACCACGGACAAGGCCACCAUCAAGGACCUGUCCCAGAUGGUGAAGAAGUUGCCUCAGUACCAGAAAGAGCUGAACAAGUACGCCACACACUUGAACCUGGCUGAGCACUGCAUGCAGCACUUCAUAGGAUCGGUGGAGAAGCUGUGCGGCGUGGAGCAGGACCUGGCCAUGGGGAUGGACGUGGAUGGGAAGAAGAUCAAAGACCCCAUGAAGAUCAUCGUGCCCGUCCUGCUGGACCCCAGCGUGCAGGCCUACGACAAGCUCCGCAUCAUCCUGCUCUACAUCUUGAACAACGGUGUGAGCGCGGAGGCCAUCAGCAGGCUGAUCCAGCAAGCCAGCAACCAGCAGCAGGGUGACAUCAUCUACAACAUGGAGCGCCUGGGCACCUCCUUCAUGCCUGGGGACAUCAUUGAGGACAGACUGGACAGGGAGCUGUGGCCCUUCCUCUCAGACCCGGUCCCUUCCACCAGCUCCCAGGCUGCUGUCAGCACCCGCUUCUGGCAUUGGCACAAGAACAGGCCAGCGGCUGAGAACCUGACGGGCCAGCGCCUCAUCAUCUACGUGCUGGGUGGGGUGUCCAUGUCUGAGAUGCGCUGCGCCUACGAAGUGACCCAGGCCAGCGAGGGCAAGUGGGAGGUGGUGAUCGGUUCCAGUCACAUCCUGACCCCCAGGCGCUUCCUGGAUGACGUCCAAACCCUCGACCAGCUGGCCCCCGAGGAGGCCUAGAAGCAGCCCCCUCCUCCCAGAGACUCUGCCCCCCACAGCUCGCUGCCCCCAGCUCCACCUGCUUUUCUCAACAAGGCACCUUC